UUAGAAUUCAUGGCUGUUGUAACUAUACCUUUUCCUUUUUAAUGCAGAAUGUUUCAACAAAAAUGAACAAUAUUUCAGUGGCGACAGAAUUUCUUAUCUUGGGAUUUUCAGGCCCAUGGAGUCUUCAGUUCUUACAAUGUGUGCUUUUUACAGUAAUUUACCUGUUUGCCCUGAGGGGGAAUGGCCUCAUUAUUACCAUAACAUCCUUGGACCCAUGCCUGCACACACCCAUGUAUUUUUUUUUUUUAAAGAAUCUGUCUCUGUUAGAUAUCUGUCUCAUUUCAGCUGUUGUGCCCAAAACUGUUGCCAAUUCCUUGACCCGCAGCAAUUCUAUCUCAUUUUUUGGCUGUGUCACCCAGGUCUUCCUGGUGCCUUUUUCAGCAGGGGCAGAGCUGUUCCUCCUUACACUGAUGUCUGUUGACCGUUAUGCUGCCAUUUGCCAUCUACUGCACUAUGAAGCCAUCAUGAACAGGGGCACGUGUGUGCAGACAGUGGCUCUGUCCUGGCUCACUAGUGGCUUUAUAUCUGUUAUACAUACAGCAGGAACCUUUUCCUUAUCUUACUGUGGAUUCAAUGAAAUUCAACAAUUCUUUUGUGAUAUUCCCCAGUUGUUAGCUAUUACUUGCUCAGAGAAUAUAACUGUAGAAAUUGUACUCAUUCUUGUUAAUGCAGUCCUGGAUGUCUUCUGCUUUAUUUGCAUCACAUUCUCCUACAUCUGCAUCUUCUACACUGUCAGAAAGAUACCAUCCACGAAAAGGCAGUCAAAAACCUAUUCCACUUGCCUUCCACAUUUGGCAGUUGUUAUACUUUUUCUCUCAACUGCUUUUAUUGCUUACCUGAAACCUAUUUUAGGGUGUACAUCAUUCACUGAUCUUGUUCUAUCUUCUUUCUAUAUUUUGUUACCCCCUUCCCUUAAUCCUAUCAUCUACAGCCUAAGAAACAAGGCAAUGAAGUCAGGUCUGGGAAAGCUGAUCCCUAGAAGACUCUUGAGAAAGGAGAAUGUCCUUAAUUUUCUCCAAGAGUAG